AUGGGAAUCUCAAAUUCAACAACUUCAAAUUUCCCAGAAAACGAAAAUAUAGAAAUGUCAUCAAAUCGAGAAGAAGAAGGAUUACCACCAAAUUUUUAUUCAACUAGAGUUAAUGCAAAUUAUAAAUUAAAUCUUUUGGGGUCUACAACAAUAUCUCUUUAUGGUUUUAUCAUUUGGUUAUUUAUUCUAGUAACUGCUAUGAGACAUGACAUUAGUGAUUUAAAUAAGAAAAUUGAUGAAUUGACUAAACAAUUAAGCAAUACCCCUUAA